AGAGACUUACAACUUACAGUUAAGGUAAGGCACGACUUUUUGUUCUCUCUUUCUCACAAUCCACCUCACCAAAAACCUCUCCGCCACCACCCAUGGAGGCGCAACCCACUCCUCCGCCGAUCUACCCAGACUCCACAAACUCCUCCCCCCGCUCCCGCAACACCGACUCAUGGGACGACCCCUACCCUUCUCCUGCAGCCACCACCACCAAGCUCCGCCUGAUGUGCAGCUACGGCGGCCACAUCGUCCCCCGCCCUCACGACAAGUCCCUCUGCUACGUCGGCGGCGACACCCGCAUCCUCGUGGUGGAUCGUACCACCUCCCUCUCUGACCUCUCAGCGCGACUCUCCAAGACGCUCCUCAAGGGUCGACCGUUCGUUCUCAAGUACCAGCUCCCGAACGAGGACCUUGAUUCCCUCGUCUCCGUUACCACCGAUGAAGACCUCGAGAACAUGAUCGACGAGUAUCUCAACCGGAACCCCUCACGAAUUCGCCUCUUUCUGUUCGAGGCUGCGCCGGGAACACCCAAGUCGGAGGAGUGGUUCAUGAGCGCGUUGAGCAGAGGUAUGCCGGAUUCUGCUUCCGUCAAUUCCCUCCUCGGGCUGGAUGAUGACGCUGCUGCUGCGCCGGCGCAUGGGAAGAAUUCGAAGCAGGAGGUUCAGUCGGUGCCGGAUUCUCCUAUGCUGGGGACGAAUUCGUCUUUUGGCUCUUCUUCUUCGUCGCCGUCGGCGGUGAAUUUGCCGCAGAUUAAGGUUCGUGUGGAGGAAGGUGGUAGUGGUGGUGGUGGUGGUGUGAAUAGGGUGCAGGAUCAGAAGGGGGUGGGAAUUGAGGAGCAGUUUGCUCAAUUGGGUGUUGGUGGGGCGAGGCAGAAGCCAGGUGAGGGGUUUGCUGCGCUCUCUUCGCCACCAGCGGCGGUUGCGGCUGUUGUCUCCGAUGAAGAGAGAUCGGAGCAUGGGGUCCCUGUGGGGCAUAGGCAACCACAACAGCAGGUUCAGACUCAAACUACACAGACACAGGUGCAGUCACAAUCUCAGGGUCAGGUUCCCCAAUUUCAGCAGAAUUCAACUGGUUUUGUUGAUUUGACUUCCCCUAAUUCAGUUGCAAGUGAUAAUAGUUUUGUAAAUGCGAUGCCAUUUCUGAAACCUGUGAUCUAUCAAGACCAAGUUCAUAUUCAAUCUGGAACUUCACGGGUUCAUACUCCUCCCCCUGUUGAUCCCAAUUUGUCUGAUCGGAUCCAGAUUCAUCAGCAACAUGUUCAUGACCCCGGAUUUGUGUUGCAACAACAGCAGUUUGAUCAACAGCGGUUGUUUGAUCAUCAGCAGCAGCAGGCAAAACAGCAAUUUGAUCAUCAGCAGCAGCAGGCUCAACAGCAGCAACAGCAAUUUGAUCAACAGCAGCUGUUUGAUCAUCAGCAGCAGCAGGCUCAACAGCAGCAACAGUUUAUGCAGGGAUCGCGUGUAAUUCAACAGACCCCUGCAUACUAUCCUGUGUAUCAGCAGCAGCAGGUUCAUCCCCAGCAUCACCAUCUGGUUGAUCAACAAUACCAAGUUUAUUAUGUGCCUGCGAGACAGGCCCAAGCAUAUAACUUGCCGGCGCAGCAUGCUAAUGUUGGUGAAUCUGCCACAAAUAUCUCUCCUAGUGCUGCUCCAUCAUCUGCUGCUUAUAAUCCCCUGAGAAAUGCUCCCUUGCCUCAGUUUGUUCAGAUUCCUACUGGUCAGCAUCAGCAGCCGCAACAACAAUAUGUUGCUUACUCUCAGAUUCAUCAUCCUUCUCAGUUCAUGACCCCAAAUUCUGCACCACCUUCGAAUUAUGUUUAUGACUUUGCGGAUCCUGCUUAUGCUCAAAUGCUGUAUACUCAACCUUUGGCACCCCCAUCCCAACACACUAACAGACCAUGAUGCCUGCUGCCAGAUGAUUCUGCUCAGCUUCUUCCUUUGGACCGCAACGUGGAGCUGCAGGUAAGAACUUCACAGCCAUUAUAUAACAGUCUCUGAAAAAGAAAAGGAUAGAAGUGAAGAAAAGGAUGGAGGGAGAAACAAUUUUGAAGAAAUGGGUUUGGUCCCCUUAUUAUUGUUCUGUUGUAAGCUAUUAUGUCCUUGGUCGUGCUUGUUUUUGAUAUGUGUGUUUAUGAUAGAUAAUAAAGAAACUGUGAUUAUCAUUUACUUCUGUAGCUUAUACAUCAUGAUUUAUAAUGUACAAGUUCAAGACUCAAAACAUUAUAUUUGUGAAAUUAGAAUUAUCCAUUGCUGAAA